UGACGGUCAAUGGCGUAAACUGCAAUGCAGCAGGAAAGCUGGUUCAGCCACUGACCGAAAUCAAGCUUGACUGACAGCGUGUAAAGCUUCCAUAAAGCUUCAUAACCCCACUCUCUUCGAACCUUCCCUUGGUACUCGAUUGUCAGUUUAGCUUACUCCGAACCUUCGAAGGCUCCACACACUGAACCCUUCCGCCAACAUCCGUUGCUAACAUACAUCAUCGGACGCGCCCCCACCUACUUCAGGGCGCCCGUCUGCUGUUGCAGACCACUCCUCUUCAACCAUGGACGCCAUGUUGCCACUCGCCCAUUCAGCCCCGGAGAAGGCCACAGAGGACCUCGAGAAGCUGAGCAUCUCUGCUUUUGGAAAUGCUCGAUCAUCCAUCACUGAGCACCCGCUCAGUGCGGAUGAAGUCCGCAAGAUGACGGACUACUUCCACGCCUCCAUGUACAUGUGCCUGGGCAUGAUCUAUCUGAGGAGGAAUCCUCUCCUCCGUGAGCCACUCACGCUGGAUCAUGUCAAGCGACGACUUUUGGGCCAUUGGGGCUCGGAUGCUGGUCAAUCGUUCACAUGGAUCCACAUGAACCGCCUGAUCAAGAAGUACGACUUGGACGUCCUGUUCGUCUCCGGUCCUGGCCAUGGUGCGCCUGCCGUUUUGUCAAACUCAUAUCUUGAGGGUGUCUACUCGGAGGUGUAUCCUGAGAAGAGUCAGGACGAGGAGGGUCUGAGGCGCUUCUUCAAGUACUUCUCCUUCCCCGGCGGUAUCGGAUCGCACGCCACACCGGAGACGCCUGGAAGUUUGCACGAAGGUGGAGAGCUGGGAUAUUCCAUCUCCCACGCCUUCGGCGCCGUGUUUGAUCACCCAAACCUCAUUGCGCUCACCAUGGUUGGCGACGGUGAAUCGGAGACAGGCCCUCUGGCCACCAGCUGGCAUUCCAACAAGUUCCUCAACCCAAUCACCGACGGAGCAGUUCUACCUGUGCUUCACUUGAACGGUUACAAGAUUAACAACCCCACUGUACUCGCCCGUAUCGACCACAAAGAACUCGAGAACCUUUUCCUCGGCUAUGGAUGGACUCCGUACUUCGUGGAAGGCAGCGACGUCCCCACAAUGAUGCAAGCCAUGGCUGCAACGCUCGAGACAUGCGUCACAAAGAUCCGAGAAUACCAGAAGGAGGCCCGUGAUUCAGGCAAGCCAUUCAGGCCUCGCUGGCCCAUGAUUGUGCUCCGCACGCCCAAGGGCUGGACUGGGCCUAGGAAGAUCGACGACCACUUCCAAGAAGGCUUCUGGCGCGCGCAUCAAGUGCCUAUUCCUGAGGUCCUCAAGGACAGGUCGAAGCUCAAGGAACUUGAGAAAUGGAUGCGCAGUUACGAGCCUGAGAAGCAUUUCGAUGAAUCUGGCAGGCUCAUCCCCGAGCUACAGGAAUUGGCCCCGACAGGCACUAGGCGAAUGAGUGCCAACCCGGUUGCGAACGGCGGCUCGAUCAGGCGCAAACUGAAUCUGCCUGAUUUCCGCGACUACGCUGUUGAAGUGCGGACAGGAGGUGUGACCAACUCAGGCAGUAUGGCAAACUUUGCUGGCUUCCUGCGAGAUGUGGUGAAGAACAACAUGGACAACUUCCGUGUGUUCGGCCCCGAUGAGACGGAGUCAAAUAAGCUUUCCAAGAUCUACGAGGCGGGCAAGAAGGUCUGGCUUGGCGAAUACUUCGACGAGGACGAGGAUGGCGGCAACUUGGCUUAUGCCGGCCGAGUGAUGGAAAUCCUGUCCGAGCAUACGUGCGAGGGCUGGCUUGAGGGCUACGUUCUCUCUGGCCGACACGGCAUGCUCAACAGCUACGAACCUUUCAUCCACAUCAUCGACUCUAUGGUAAACCAACAUUGCAAAUGGAUCGAGAAGGCGCUUGAAGUCGAAUGGAGGCACAAAGUAUCGUCGCUAAACAUCCUCCUCACAUCUACCGUCUGGAGACAAGACCACAACGGCUUCACCCAUCAAGACCCCGGCUUCCUCGAUGUCGUUGCCAACAAGAGCCCCGAGGUCGUGCGCAUCUACCUCCCACCCGACGCCAACUGUCUCCUCUCAACCAUGGAUCACUGCCUCCGUAGCGAAAACUACGUCAACGUCAUCGUCGCAGACAAGCAAGAGCACCUCCAGUUCCUGUCCAUGGAACAAGCCAUCGACCACUGCUCAAAGGGCAUCGGAAUCUGGGAAUGGGCCAGUAACGACAAAGGCGAAGAGCCCGACAUCGUCAUGGCAUCCUGCGGCGACGUUUCCACCCACGAGGCCCUCGCCGCAACCGCUCUCCUGCGCACGCAUCUCCCAGAACUAAAAAUCCGCUUCGUAAACGUCGUCGACCUCUUCAAGCUGAUCGACGAGAAAGAGCACCCCCACGGCCUCGCUGCGCACGAGUACAAGGCCAUCUUCACCGACAACGUGCCAUGUAUCUUCAAUUUCCACUCGUACCCGUGGUUGGUCCACCGCCUGACAUACGGACGCAAGGGCCAGCAGAACCUGCUGGUUCGCGGGUACAAGGAGAAGGGCAACAUUGAUACGCCGCUGGAGCUGGCGAUUCGCAAUGGCACGGAUAGGUAUAGUUUGGCUAUCGACGCUAUUGAUAAUAUUCCUACCUUGGGCAACAAGGGCUCGUCGGCGCGCGAGACGCUGCGCAAUGAGCAGAUCAGGGCGAAGAAUUAUGCUUUCCAUGAGGGGAUGGAUCCUAAGGAGACGGAGGAUUGGGUGUGGCCUUUCUAGAUGCGAGGUGCUGUGCUGUAACGAGUAGAACAUGCCCUGCAGUGGUAG